GUGUACCAAAAUAACAUCACGUAGUUUUUAUAGCUAUCCUAUUUGGGAAGGCGAAAGGAACGUCACUCCAGAGUCCAGAGUCCCCCUCCAAUCUCGGAAAAUUUCCCCGGCAAUGGCGACGACUAACGGCGGUGUCGUGGACACGAUCGUACAGGUGCCGUACAAUGCCUCCGUCCGCCUCGCGCUCGCCUCGCUCGAGCGGAAUCUGCUGCCAGACGCCGUCGUGCGCCGCCUCACCAGGCUCCUGCUCGCCGCCCGCCUCCGCUCCGGCUACCGUCCCUCCGCCGAAUUGCAGCUGUCCGAUCUCCUACAGUUCGUGCAUUCUCUGAAGGAUAUGCCGAUAGCAAUCAAGACAGAAAGGCCAAAGUCUCAACACUAUGAACUUCCGACGUCAUUCUUCAAGCUGGUUCUUGGAAAGCAUUUGAAAUACAGGCAACAAAUUCUGCAACCUUUUUAUGAAAUAUGCUCCUUUUCAUUUCUCGUAUGUACUUUGUUCGAUUGUGGUGUCAAGGAGAUGAAAAUUAUUUGCUGCUACUUUCCAGAGAAGUCAAGUACCUUAGAAGAUGCCGAGAAGGCAAUGCUAGAGUUGUACUGCGAGAGGUCACAGAUAGAAGAUGGCCAUUCGGUUCUUGAUGUUGGCUGUGGCUGGGGAUCUCUUUCUCUAUACAUAGCACAAAAGUACCCCAAUUGCAAGGUCACCGGAAUUUGCAAUUCGGUCACCCAAAAAGCACAUAUCGACGAGCAGUGCCGGGUCCUUGAGCUGAAGAAUGUAGAGAUCACUGUUGCCGACAUCAGCACAUUCGAAAUGGAAGCUUCCUAUGACAGAAUAUUCUCCAUUGAAAUGUUUGAGCACAUGAAAAAUUAUCGGGACCUUCUCAAGAAGAUAUCGAAUUGGUUGAAAUCGGACGGCCUUCUGUUUGUCCAUUAUUUUUGCCACAAAAUAUUUGCUUACCACUUUGAGGAUGUCAAUGAAGAUGACUGGAUCACGAGGUACUUCUUCACAGGAGGCACAAUGCCCUCAGCAAACCUGCUCCUCUACUUUCAGGAUGACGUAUAUGUGGUUAAUCACUGGCUUGUGAACGGCAAGCAUUAUGCGCAGACAAGUGAAGAAUGGCUUAAGAGGAUGGACCAUAACAUGAGCUCUGUGAAGCCGAUAAUGGAGUCCACUUACGGCAAAGACUCAGCCGUGAAGUGGACCGCCUACUGGAGAACGUUUUUCAUCUCAGUUGCCGAGCUAUUUGGCUACAAUGAUGGAGAAGAAUGGAUGGUGACACAUUUUCUGUUUAAAAAGAAAUAGAACUUUUUUAACAGCCUAUGAUGACACACGGGAUGUUGAGGCUGAAAACAAACACAGAGAAAUAAUCUGUUCAACUGUCUGCAUUGUAUUGGAUUAAGCUAGAGCUUCAAAUGAACCGAAUGUUGGGGGUUAAACAGUUAUUAAAGAUUUUUAUAAAAUAAUAAUUUUUAUUGGA